AUGCGAGUCUCUCUCCGUUUCCCCCUCUCCGUCCUGCUCCUCUGUGAGCUGCUGGUCAUCAUUGUCGCCGCAGCACCCCUCGCGCCUAUCCGAGUGGCAGCUGAGGCUGAACACGGCGCGCUCGCCUCCGAAGUGUACAAUAGCGCUGGCGAACUGCUUUCCACCUCCUUGCGCUCGCCCACCCAAAUCGCCUCAUCGCCGCUGCCCCGUUUCGCGAAGGAGAUUCGCUUGACCAACGCAGGCGAACACUGGCUAGUUCAUCCCAAGGACAUCCCCUCCCUCGCCCGCCCUCGAGGCGGUCUGUGGCGCAGCCUGCGAUUCGGCCGCUCGCCAGCAAGGGUCGAGAUCACCAAGAACAACAACAUCAAGAUGAUCAACGAUGGCUCCACACCACGACUCUUCAGAUUCGGAAGCGCGGAUAAGACCUACUACGUCCUACCACACACCAAGGAGACGCUCCAUGGCAACGAGGUGACGCAGACGCAGUACAAGGCGCACUCCAUUCACAAGCUCCCCAAGGACACCGGGGCCCCAUAUAGCGAUCUCGCCCUGUGA